AUGCCAUCACGAGAGGAUGAGCUCAUGCCAGAUGAGCCACCAUCCUCAAUCAACCCAUAUGAAGUGCUAGGAGUCGAUGAGGCGGCUACUGCAGAUCAGAUCAAAUCAGCCUACAGAAAACAAGCCCUGAAGCAUCAUCCAGACAAAGCCCCCCCAACGGCCAAAGAGUCCGCGCACAAAAAAUUCCAAGAGCUCGCCUUCGCCUACGCCAUCCUCUCCGACCCCCGGCGCAGACGCCGCUACGACACGACAGGGAGCACAGCUGAAACCCUCCACAGCCUCGACGAUGACGACGAUGAUUUCAACUGGAUAGAUUUCUUCCGCCAGCAAUUCGCCACGGUAAUCGAUGGCGCCGCUAUCGAUAAAAUCAAAAGUGAAUACCAGGGAUCUGAGCAGGAAAGGGAUGAUCUUCUAGCAGCCUAUGAGCGAUGGAAGGGCGACUUGGAUAAAGUUUACGAGGAGGUUAUGUUGAGUAAUGUUCUGGAGGAUGAUAAGAGGUUUCGGGAGAUAAUUGAUGGGGCUAUUGCUGAGGGGAAAGUCGAGGGGUGGCCUAAGUAUACGGCUGAGACGGAACGGAGGAGGGUUGCGCGGAUUGCGAGGGUGAGGAAGGAGGCAGAGGAGGCGGAAAAGGUGGCAGGGGAGCUAGGGGUUGGGAAGGGGAAAGGCAAAGGGAAAGGGGGGAAGAACAAGGGAGGUGACGAUGGUGGUGAUGAUCUGAAUGGCCUGGCCGCCCUUAUUCAGCAACGGCAGAGAAGCCGAGCUGCGACGUUUCUGGAUGACUUGGAGGCGAGGUAUGCACCUGCAGCUGGGUCUAAGGGUGGGAAUGGGGCGGGGAGUAAAGGGAAGAAACGGAAAGGGAGGCAUGGGGAUGAUAAGCCGCCUGAGGAGGCCUUUCUAGCUACUGCCAACCGCAAAGCGUCAAAGAAGUCCCGCUAG